AAACUAUUGAAAGUUCUACUUCCAUCUCCUCUUAUCAUCAAGCUUUCUGAUAGUAGACCAAAAAAUGAAGCUAUUAGGCUGGAUGCAUCGUAAGUUUCGGCAGAACAACAAUGAGACACUCAAGGAAUUUUCCAUUGGGAAUUCUUGCACUUGCCUUACAGGGCAGCCAUCAUUGGAUGACAUAAAUUGCUACCCAAAGACAAAUUAUUGUGGUAAGCCCUUCAGCAAACUAGAAAUCGACAACCACGUCAGAAACUCAUUUUCCGGACAAGGGGCUAAAAGAGUGGAAGAAGAGGACCUUGAAGAAGAGUCAUCGGCUGUUCUUACUGAACUUUUUCAUGGGUUCCUUGCUAUUGGUACCUUGGGCACAGAACCAGUCACUAUUGACCCCGCAACACCUAAAUUUUCUAUCUUUGUUGAUGAUAUAGCAGAAAAAGAGACUGAAGUUACAGAAAAUGAACUAAAGGUAAUCAAUGAUGAGUUGGAAAAGGUGUUGGGAGCUGAAGCUAGAGAUGAGAGUUGCAAUAUAUCAUCUGGAAGAAACAGCCAAGUGAGUGCUGGAAGGAGCAGUCAUUGUAGCACGAUAACACUUAGCGGCAAGCCUAUAGAAGGUGCAGAAAGCAAUGGGAAUGGAGCAAUCAUCUGUCCACUGCAAAGCUAUCUUUUUGGAUCAGCAAUUGGAUAUCCAGAGACAGUUCCACAGGCAAAGAACGAGCAUAGGACAUCACUAAGGGAGCUAUUUCAAAAGACUACACUAGAAGACGAAAACUCUGGAACUAAAUUUGACCAGGGAGAAAAGCGAAAAGAUAAGGAAACUGACAAGUCCGCUCUACAUCUCAUUAAAAAGCUACUGAAGAGAAAAAAUCUUCACACUUCCUCUAGGAGCUCCACAACAGGUUCAGAAGGAACUAUAGAUUCUGCAUCAGUUGAGACAAGACUGCAUAAGGUAUGUCUUAUGUUACUAAAGACUCUACUUCACUCUUUCUUUUAG